GGUAUACAUCGACUGUCCUCUCGGUAAGGUGCACCGUGUCUGUAAUCUUGUGAGUGACGUACUCCCCUCUUCGCUAAAACGCCGUCGUACCGAGGUAAAGUCGCUGACAACAACACGAAAACGUGUAGGCAUCGUCUUAAAGCUAGCCAUGGAAGCCUCUAAGGCCUUCACCAUUGACGCUCUGCUCGCCCGAGAACCGUCCAAACAGAAGUUGAUCAGCCCUACAGCCUGUAGUCCACCAUGUACAAGCCCGUUGAGGGUCAGUUUAGCACCAGACACAUUUCUGCCGACCAGUCCGCAUUCAAGCCCGCCUCCUUCGCCGCCAAGAACAUGCAUUAGCAGCUUCGUGCCGAAACCGGGCCUGUUGAACAUCAUGCCGAGCUUAUCACAAGCCCCAGUCAUGCACCCUAGCAUGUACGGCCACCCCAUAUACUCGCAGCUCCAUAUGCAAGGGUCGUCCGCUUACAACCCGAGUGCGUUCCAGCCCACACCGGACCCAGGUUGCAUGAAAUCACAGGGCCUUCCUAAUAUCCCUAUGGAGUGGAUCCACGGAGGGAGAAUGAUGAUUCCAACGCGAUUGCCAGAUUUCGGACAACACACGCCAAAUCUGCUUGGCAAGACGCGGAGGCCGAGGACGGCGUUCACUAGUCAACAACUAUUAGAAUUAGAAAACCAAUUCAGAAAGAAUAAAUAUCUCUCACGACCGAAACGAUUUGAAGUAGCGACAUCACUGAUGCUAACAGAAACACAGGUGAAAAUUUGGUUUCAAAACCGGCGUAUGAAAUGGAAGCGAAGCAAGAAAGCAAUAGAAGCCAAGGAAAACCAAAAAAACGCACACAACAAUCACGACAAAGAGUCACCAGCGUGUAAAGAUGUUGAAAUCGACGUGGAAAAUACAGAGGACACCCAGGAAACGGACAGUGAUGACGUCAGCAAUACUGAGCAAGAUAGUCCAUACAAUAGUUCGAUAAACAGUGACUUUUGUCACGUGAACGUAGAAAGUGAUUACAUCACAACAGAAAACUGUCCAGAAAUUAUUAGAAGUACGUGAUGAUGUCACUUUGAAGAAAACAAGUGACGUAACUGUCGCCAUGUUAUGUGUUUGCCUCGUAUAGAACCUGUCUCCGCUUUGUCUGUACGUCUUCGACAAAUGAUAGCACUGGAAACAUGGCGUCACCUCUCGCUGAAUGAACUCAACAAACGUAUUUGAUCAUUUAUUAUUAAACUGAUCAUAAUGUGCUUCGUGAUCAUUUCUGUUUUAUUCCGCCAAGGAAUUUAACAUUCUCCGACGUGUGUGUGUGAUGGCUGUUAAAACUGUGUACACUUUUAGCUAACAACCACUGAGCAUACACUUGCAGUGCACCUUGCCAAUAUUAAUGCUGUCUGCAGGACGCCGUUCCAACCGACGCACAUCCUCCCU